GGAACAGAGGCACCACUCACAGCGGAUGCCUGGCCACCUUCUCCUCCUCUCUCCUCUCUUCUUCUCCUCUUCUCCCUGCCAGCACCCCAGCCAGGGAGCAGUGCCCUCAGGGAGUGGCAGUGCUGACAGUCGCAGCCCCUCGGCACCUGCCACAGGCACCAUGAUGGCGCUCAAGCUGUCCCUCAUGGCCUUCAGCUUCGUCUUCUGGGCGGCCGGGCUCACCAUGCUCAUCAUCGGCCUCUGGGCCAAGGUGUGGCUGGGCGGCUACCUGGCGCUGUCGGCCAGCAACUACCCCGACGCCCCCGCCAUCCUCUUGGCCACGGGCACCGCUGUCAUCGUCUGGGGCUUUCUGGGCUGCUUCAGCGCCGCCACGGAGCACCGGGGGCUCCUGCGCACCUACGGCGCCUUCCUGAGUGCCGUGCUGGUGGCUGGGCUGAUCGCAGGGCUCUCAGGGCUCCUCUACCACCAGGACGUGGCACGCGGUUUCCAGGAAGGGCUGCGCCAAGCCCUGAACACCUAUGGCGAGGAUGAGGUGAAGGCAGACGCCCUGGAUGCCUUGCAGCGUGCCUUGGCUUGCUGUGGUGUGGAGAGCUACCGUGACUGGCUCACUACGCCCUGGGCGCUCCAGCAAAACGGCUCGGUGCCCCUCAGCUGCUGCCGGGGCCGGUGGGGCUGCCGGCUGAGCCCACCCAACAUCUACGAGUUGCACCAUGAUGGCUGCUUCAGCAAGGUCUCAGCCUUCGUCAGCAGCAACAUGUUUUCUGUUGCCACUGCUGCCCUGGGGCUGGCGGCGCUGCAGGUGAUCGGCAUUGUGCUGGCCUGCCUGAUGGCUGCCCGCAUCCCUGCCCACCCACUGGGCAUCGCCACCCCAUGCUGAGGCUUCCCCCGGGGGCUGCUCCUUGUCCCCUCCAGCUCCUUUCCUUCCUCCAGGAGACCUUGGUGCACCUCAUCUGGAAAACCUUCUCCUCAUUGUCCCCACUUCUACCUGAGUGUCUUCCUCGUUGCUCCAUUUCCUUCCUGGAGCCUGUGUCAGGUACAUCAACACCACAGGCAAAUCCACAGCCUCCUGUCCUGGCUGUGUCCCCUCCGUGGCAGCAGGUCACCACUGCCAUCAGGGUCUCUGGACCUCUCCUACAGAGGGAAGAGAGGCAGCAUGGACAAACGGCACCCUCUGGGGUAACAGGGACAGCAAGGUCAAGGCUGACCAGUUUUCUGGGUGCUGCAAACAUACUGAGGUACUGAAAGGGGGGCCAGGAAGGAUGAGAGGGCCUGUGGGAGCAUGAGAGACCUCUCAGCAUUUCAUCGAGUGAGUGUUCUUCUGAGACUGGGAACUGCUGAAUGUUGCUGGAAAACAGGACUGCACAAGCAGCACAUCUGGUUUGGGGACACCAAAGCUGUGCCAGCAGGAGCCAUCAAGGACUGUCCAGCAGCAUGCACCCCAACUGUGUUUCACUGUCUGGUGAAUUCCCUGCAAAGAUGUCCAGUUCUGUACAUUUGCUGUGUAAGGACUUGAGCUGUCUGGGUGUUUUUCCUGCUGUGGUGUUUCUGAUGCCGGUCUCCAUCUGGAGGUGGAGCUGUAGCUCUAAGUACUGCUCCCUCCUGCAGGACAUACUUUAGCCAGGGCUUUGCAGGUUAUGUCUUUGCAGGGCUAAGAAGACCUCAAACCCUGCCGGAGCAGAGGGUGGCAAAAAUGGUAGGAUCUGAUCAGACUAGGGGUGGCAAGAAGAGGGAAGGGUGCAUUUCCCAUCAGAAGUUUCUCCUGAACUGCUGUUAUCUUCAGGGUGAGCAUAACAGACUCUGUUUUGUAGAACAAUUUCUAAAAACCAGCCCUCAGCCUCCUUGUUUUUUUCCUUUUUCAAAGGAUCUGUCUCAGGCUCCAUACCUACUCUUUGAAGCAGAUAUAACCUAUAUAAUCUAGAGGAAGCAGAGGACUCCAAGACUUGGGGGGUGGCCCUGGGUAUGUGCAGGACAGGCAGCAGUGUGAAUUUAAAGGAUUUUGUUUUUCCCAGCGUCUUUAGGUUUGUAUUUGGAGCCUUAGGAAGAGCAAGCCCUGCACUUCAGAGGGUCCUGAACUUUCAGAGCUUUGCCCCUGCUUCUUCCCUCUUUCUUAACAUCUCAGAAAUGGCCUUUUAGCUGUC